UGCAAAAUAGUCUUGCAUUGUAGCAGACAUUCCUGUGAAGCCGAGACUUGAACGAACAGAGAAAAUAUCCGAUCCAGAAAACACCCCUUACGAAAGGCAGAUAGAAUGGAGUAAAAACUCAUUCCAAAGCCAAGCCCUCCGAUGUCCCUAAAGUUUAAGUUAAAGUUGGUUAGAGCAAACAUGAUUAUCGAUAUGCAAACAAAUGCAAAAUAGUCUUGCAUUGUAGCAGGCAUUCCUAUGAAGCCGAGACUUGAACGAACAGAGAAAAUAUCCGAUCCAGAAAACACCCCUUACGAAAGGCAGAUACAAUGGAGUAAAAACUCAUUCUAAAGCCAAGCCCUCCGAUGUCUCUAAAGUUUGGACAACUUUGUUUGGCUCAUUAUACAAGGAAUUGUUGAGGAUGGAACUUAAAGGAUGGGUCUAUGUAUCUUUGAUGGUUCUACUUUUCCAAAAUGGUUUUUGCGCCGACAAAAACGAUCCAGGUCUUCACGUGAACUGCUCGAGCGGUGUGCGUGUUUAUGAUGAGUGCAUGCGCAGAUGCAAGUGUACCGCUGAAGGCAACAUGGUCGACUGCUAUCGCGUGCGCAAAGACUUCGAAUCAAUGUCCAUCCCUGAGCGACGGCUCUACAUUCAAACUCUGAAAAAAGCGUCAAGUGUGGAGCCGUACAAGAGCGAGUACGACAGAAUCACCAAGUAUCACUCCGACCUGUUUAACCAGGUGCACAUACUUGAAUACUUCUUCCCUUGGCAUCGAUGGUACCUUCUGCUCUUCGAGAACCUUCUACGCAAGAUCGAUUGCCGAGUGACCGUGCCUUAUUGGGACUGGAGCCGAGCAGUUGGGGCCGGCAGAUUGUGGCGCGGCUCCUACUUACAUGAUGUCUGGUCUCCAGGCCCCCACGGAAUCGGUGGAAACGGCGAGGGAAGCAAACGUAUCGUUACCAACGGCCCAUUACGCAAAGACUCAUGGGAGCUCCCUGCCUGGCACGAGCAGCCGUGGUUAUCAAGAGAGUUCAACGACUGCUACAAGGAGAGGUUACCAAACAGUCACGAGGUGCGCGAUUUGUUAUGCAUGCCGCGUGAGAAGUUCGUCAAGUUUGAAGACACCGUUCGCGAUGUCAUGCAUAAUGACUUCCAUAACGCCAUCGGUGGAGUCAUGAGUCUGGACGCGUCGGCCAACGCGCCGGAGUUCUGGUUUCACCAUGGUUACAUCGACAAGGUGUGGUCUGACUGGCAGAAGAGAGGCAAGGACUUUAAGUACCAGUACUACCACACGGUGCGCUCUGAUCUGCCUGGCGCUGGAAUACACGGCACCGAACUUGUGGAUUUGUCCGGACAGCCCGGCAAGGUCAAGGUUGUUUAUGACGACCCCGAACCCAGACCACGUGACGAAGAGUAUGACCCAAGUGUCCCGGAUGCUCGACCGAUUUUCUUAUGCGACGAUGACGACGAUGACGACGAUGACGAGAACCAUCAAAAAUACCAUGAAAAAUAUUAUAAAAAGAUUACAAUACCAUGAAUUUUUACAAUACACAGAUUUAUAUAAGUAGCAAGAAUGAAAUAUUUUCCAAAUCUAAUCCUGUAGAACUGUAAAGAUUAUAGUUACAUUAAAGUCCGUAAGAGGCAGGA